AUGGACUCUGAGCAACAGCCUUCCACGCUGCUGGGAAGCCUGGGAUGGGGAGGGGUUCGAGGGGCAGAAGUCUACGACUUUGUGAGAGCACCAGGCGAGUGCCGAAUGCGCUUAUACGCUGAGGUGGUCCCCGUCGACAAGGGCUGGACCUCCAGCAAGGGUUCGGCCUGGGUCGGCCGGGGUCAGAGGCCCCACUCCCGAGCUUCGCUGGCCGAACCGAUUGGUCACGCCGGCGUCUUCGCCCGGGAGCCCCCGGUCAGAUCCCCGUCAGAUCCCGGCGGCCACCCUGAAACAGCCAACUCCUGA